AUGGCUCCGUGGUUAUACACGGUUGGUAGCACUCUGCUCCUGUCCCUCCAGGCGGCUGCAUGGGACUAUUCGACCUACAAAUCAAUAGGCUUCCAGCCACCGAAGCUCGAAGUCAACAAAACUGGAACCACUGAUCCAGGUUAUAUCUUCAUCGGUCCUCGUGGAGGAGUCCAGGCUGCUGGUUCGGCCGCACUUAUCUACGAUGAUGUGGGUGACCUUGUUUACGAAGGACCCGAAGACAUCAGUGCGAACUUCAUGGUGCAAAAGCUCUUUGGUGAGGAUGUUAUCACCUUCUGGGCUGGAGAUAUGAUGUCCAUCGGCUACGGUUAUGGAACUGUUCACAUCCUUGACAACACCUACAAGGAGAUCUACACUGUACAGUUGACCGGUAACUUCGUCACCCCCGAUGGCUCGACCAAGGAUUCUUACUGUGACCUGCACGAGAGUCACAUCACACCCCGCAACACACUCAUUUGCACUGCCUACAAUGUCACUCAGCACGACCUGACCUCCAUCAACGGAACUUCCUCCAGCUGGAUGCUGGACAGCCAGUUCUACGAAAUCGAUAUCCGCACCAACCACGUCAUCAACUCUUGGAGCGCCCUCGACCAUGAGGCCGAUAUCGCCCUGACCACUUCCCACCAAGGCCUCGGCAAGGAUGUCGGCACCACUCAGGAUAACCCCUACGAUGCUUACCACAUCAACGCCAUCACCACCACCAACCACGGAUACUUGAUCUCCCUCCGUCACAUGUGGUCUGGUUACUACCUUGCCCAAAACGGCAGCGUGAUGUGGCAGGUUAGCGGCGAGAACGGCGCCGACUUCAAGCAGGUCGGCAACGCCGGCUUCUCAUGGCAGCAUGAUAUGCGUGUCUAUAAUGAGACCGACCAGGGCUUCGUCCUAAACCUUUUCAACAACGCCAACACCCCAACCGACGAGGUAUCCGAGACCACCGGUGUCAGCCUGGCCAUUGACCUCUCUAAGAAGACAGUCACCAGCCUGCGCUCUCUGACCGACCCCAACGACCCCGUCCACUCCGUCAGCCAGGGUAGCUACCAGCUCCUCAGCGAAGUUGACAGCCACGUCUUUAUGGGCUACGGUUCCAUCUCAAAGGUCAAGGAAUUUGAUGGUGACGGCAACGUCGUUUUCAGCGCCACGUUCGGUGAAGACAACGCCGUUGCUUCUUAUCGGGGCUACCGCUGCCAGUGGACCGCCACUCCCUUCUGGAAGCCUUCCGUGUCCGUCAGCAACACUACCACCGGAGCUACUGUGUACAUGAGUUGGAACGGCGCUACUGAGUAUGAUAACUGGGUUGUCUAUGCUGCUGCCUCUGCCACCUCCACCAACACCACUAAGAUCGCUUCUGCUAAGCGCACUGGCUUCGAAACUUCGGUCGACUUGACCAACCCGCCUACCAACUUCGUUCAGGUCGUUGCGCAGAAGGGCAACACUGUUCUCGGCACUUCUGAGAUCAUCUCCUUCUAA